UCAGAGGAGCGAUUGAGAUGGCGGAAAAGCCAGAAGAUCUCAUUGAGGAUAAGUCUAAAUCUGCAUUAGAGGGAUGCAGCGAGAGAGUAGAACAGCCAGGGCCUGCCACUAAGGAUGAGCCAGUAAAGUUUGGGAAGGAAUACACAGCGAAGGAAAGAAGGAAAGAGAAGAAAGAAGAGGUGGAGCUAGGGGUCAAAGGUCACAAAGCCAGGAUAGAGAAUGGGUUCCCUGGAACAGAGGAGGUGAAACGACAACUGCUGAAUGAGAUGCUGCUAUCUCCCACAAGGCUGAGACAAGGAAAAAUGAAAGAGGAGGUGACAGUAAAAAGAGUUAGGGUGACACCACGCAGAGGGAGCAACGACUGGAUCAAGAAGGAGGCCCCAGAGGAGGUGCAGACCCGCAGAGGGAGCAACGACUGGAACAAGAAGGCGGCCCCAGAGGAGGCACAGACCCGCAGAGGGAGCAACGACUGGAACAAGAAGGCGGCCCCAGAGGAGGUGCAGACCCGCAGAGGGAGCAACGACUGGAACAAGAAGGCGGCCCCAGAGGAGGUACAGACCCGCAGAGGGAGCAACGACUGGAACAAGAAGGCGGCCCCAGAGGAGGCGCAGACCCGCAGAGGGAGCAACGACUGGAACAAGAAGACGGCCCCAGAGGAGGCACAGACCCGCAGAGGGAGCAACGACUGGAACAAGAAGGCGGCCCCAGAGGAGGCACAGACCCGCAGAGGGAGCAACGACUGGAACAAGAAGGCGGCCCCAGAGGAGGCACAGACCCGCAGAGGGAGCAACGACUGGAACAAGAAGGCGGCCCCAGAGGAGGCGCAGACCCGCAGAGGGAGCAACGACUGGAACAAGAAGACGACCCCAGAGGAGGCACAGACCCGCAGAGGGAGCAACGACUGGAACAAGAAGGCGGCCCCAGAGGAGGCGCAGACCCGUAGAGGGAGCAACGACUGGAACAAGAAGGCGGCCCCAGAGGAGGCGCAGACCCGCAGAGGGAGCAACGACUGGAACAAGAAGGCGGCCCCAGAGGAGGCGCAGACCCGCAGAGGGAGCAACGACUGGAACAAGGAGGCGGCCCCAGAGGAGGCGCAGACCCCUGGGUGGAGUGAUGACUGGAUCAAGAAGGCCCCAGAGGAGGCACAGACCCCCGAGAGGAGAGAGGACUGGAUUAAGAAGUUGUCUCCAGAGGAGGCGCAGACCCGCAGAAGGAGCGACGACUGGAUCAAGAAGGAGGCCCCAGAGGAGGCGCAGACCCCUGGGUGGAGGGAGGACUGGAUUAAGAAAUUGUCCCCAGAGGAGGUGCAGACCCCUGAGCGGAAGGAGGACGGGAUUAAGAAGUUGUCCCCAGAGGAAGCUCAGACCUCCGAGAGGAGGGAGGACUGGAUAAAGGAGCUGAAGUCGGUGCUCAAAGAGGAGGUACUUUCCCCGAAGAGGAGAGAGGAGCAGGUGAAGAAAAAGAAGAAGAAGGUGGUGGUCAUGGACGAGGUGCCCACGUUCAUGCACCAGAGGACAGAGGUGAAGAUAGAGGUGAAGAAAGAGAAGGAGGCGCAGGGGGAGGAGAAGACGCCAAAGAAGUCUGUGAGGCUGCAGAGCCCAACUCCUCACGAGGAAGACAGCGACAGUCCGGACCCCCAGGAGUACGAGAUCUCCCUCUAUGUCAAGGCUGGCAGUGAUGGUGAGAGCAUCGGGAACUGUCCAUUCUCCCAGCGCCUCUUCAUGAUCCUGUGGCUGAAGGGAGUUAUCUUCAACGUCACCACAGUCGACCUCAAAAGGAAACCGGCGGACCUGCAGGACCUGGCCCCGGGGACCAACCCUCCAUUCGUCACAUUUAACGGGGAGGUGAAGGUCGACGUCAACAAGAUAGAAGAGUUCCUUGAGGAAAAACUCACGCCACCACGGUACCCCAAGUUGGCGACUAAUCACCCAGAGUCAAACACCGCAGGUAUAGAUGUGUUCUCCAAGUUCUCUGCCUACAUCAAGAACCCCCGCAAAGAUACCAACGACGGCCUGGAGAAGGCCCUGUUGAAGUCUCUGAGGCGGCUGGAUGAAUACCUGAGGACCCCCCUGCCGGAGGAGAUCGAUGCCAACAGCACAGAAGACCCUCAGGAGUCCACACGCUGCUUCCUGGAUGGACCUGACCUCACACUGGCAGACUGCAACCUGCUGCCCAAACUACACAUUAUAAAGGUGGUGGCCAGGAAGUACCGGGGCUUUGAGAUCCCGGUGGAGAUGGCGGGGGUGUGGCGCUAUCUGAACCACGCCUACAAGAGGGAAGAGUUUACUAACACCUGUCCUGUUGAGUGCGAAAUCGAAUUUGCCUACAUAGAUGUGGCCAAACGAAUCAAAUAGCGAGAGGGGAGGAGGCCCAAUCCCAAAUUGGCCCAAUCCCAAAUUGUUUGUGUGUGUGUGUCUUUGUGCACUCACAGGUUGGGUUGCACGGCACUCAUAUGUAGUGUCAUGGCUGCUGUGAUUGUAAGACCACUAGACAGAGAGGUCUACAUCCAUUUCACAUUCAGUCCUUUUGGCCAAAGCCCUCUGCAGUGCACUAUAAUACAGCUGUAUGGUGUCAUUGAAGACACAGACACUGUUAGAAACCCAGAGUACGAACUCUAACAGCGUAUAGUACUAUCUACUAUCUGCCACAUUGUAAAACUGUCCUAAAGCAGCCAUAAGCAUUAAUUAGAGUGUUAUAACCUCUGUGUCUUAGAGGAAUAGCAGAGCACAGGUAGACACACCAUACUUAUAUGAAUAUGCAACACUUUGGCCUUGACCACAGUAUUAACCUAUAUAUAAAUAUUAACAUACAUAUACUUUAUAAAUUCACUUUUCUUUAGUUUCUCCCCCGUCUUAUUUUGGCUAUCUAUGGGUGAAUAAUAAUCAAUAGUAAAAAGCUUUUUUGAUGUCAAGGUCUGACUUUUCUAUUUGUACGUUUUGUAAACGCAAAUCUGCUUUAAUACCAUUUAUAUUGAAUUCUAUUGACCAUAACAGGAUUGUGGGUGGGGCUUUCUGUUGAGAAGCUCACCUGUUUGGGCCUUCCUGAACAUCGGAAGCCAUUUU